GCCAUUUUCUCGUAUCAAACGAGAAACUUACUUCCUGAGAAGCAAAAUGGCGUCCGAAUAUGACGAACCGAUAUCUGAGCAAGAAAGAGUAAAGAUUGCAUCCAAUUUUAUUCGUCAUGCACCACCAGGAGAGUUCAAUGAAGUAUUUAAUGAUGUUCGAAUAUUAUUAGACGAUGAUAAUUUAUUGAAAGAAGGCGCUGCCGGAGCAUUUGCCCAGUAUAAUAAAGACCAAUUUACACCAUGUAAAGUAGAUGGAUCAGAAGAACUGGCUCUUAUUACUGAACAUGGGGAUAAAGGAAAUGGACAGUUUAUUGACCCUAGAACUAAAAAGAUAUUUAAAUACGACCAUUUACGUAAAGAAGCAAAAGAUUUCCAACAAGGUGACGUAGAUCAUAAAGCGGAGGGGUGGAGAUCAGCAUUAGAGUCUGUUUUUACACAAUAUGUACACAGUCAUUAUUUGUAUGGGGCUAGUUCAGUAUAUGGUUCAUACGCUGGUGGUAAUAUAACACUGAUAGCUUGUAUAGAAACACACCAAUUUAAACCAGCUAGUUUCUGGAAUGGUAGAUGGCGUUCCCAGUGGUCUGUAACAUUCCCUGAAUCUGGUGGUUCUGCUGAAUUAACUGGUUUAGUUAAAGUUCAGGUACAUUACUAUGAAGAUGGUAAUGUUCAACUUGUUAGUUCCAAAGAUAUAAAAGAAACGGUUACUAUAUCAACAGAGCAACAAACAGCCAAAAGUCUAGUAAAUAUAAUUUCAGCAGCAGAGAGUGAAUACCAGAAAGCAGUUUCCGAAAAUUAUCUGACAAUGUCAGAUACGACUUUUAAAGCACUCCGAAGACAACUUCCCGUAACUCGAACAAAAAUUGAUUGGAACAAAGUUAUAAUAUCAGGCUACAAAAUAGGUGGCGAGCUUAAAAAUGCCUAGUUAUUUUCAUAAAUUAAAUAUAUUCAUCUUGUCUUUAAGUAAUUAUAUUCAGUUCCCACCCGCUUUUUGUCUUGUACAAAUAUUACCACUUCCAAUAAAAUACAUCAUUUCUCUUACAAAGUCAAUUAUAUUUGAGGGGAUAUUUAACAAAUGGUUACACCAUGCCUGGAAAUAAGGCACCUGUCACAGACAAUGUUAGGCACAGAUUCAGGCUUUGUCAGGCACUAAACUUCUGGUGACUGUCAUUUUGUCCAGCACUGAUUUGUCUUUUUUUAUUAAUAUAUGUCCGGCACUAAGUUGAAAAUGCCAGGUACUAUUUCAUUAGUGCCUGACAUUUUGCCAGGUAUAUCUAAUACCGUUAUUUCCAGGCCUGGAUUACACCUGUUAAUAUCUGUGACUUCUGUGUCCAGAGCAUGUCUGUAAAAUUCAACAUAUAUUUUGUUUAAUAUUGCCUAAAGAGAUCAUUUCCUGUUAAUUUAUUAGCAUAUUGUUCUAAAAUGAUUAAAGUUUAUUAAUUGCUGCAUAUACAGGAAUUACAAGGGAACUUUCAAUUUGGUGAUUUUAGCCAAUCUGUGAAAAAAAACAUUUAUUCAGUUUUAGCAUUGCAUUGUGAGGUCCAUAUAUAGAUCACUUAACAAUAUAUAAACAUAUUAAUACAUUAGGCAUUCAGCUAAGCAGGUCAAGUAUUGAUACCAUUAGGUGAAUCAUAUGUUACUCUAAAUGAAAGACACUCUUUAAAUAUUCGAAAAAGAAUUAAUGGAAGUUUGUAUUUUCUGGUAUUUAAAGCUGAUUGUCAUCAUUUGCGUAUUUCAGACAAUAUCUAAUUUUUCAGGGAUUAAUCCACUCUAAAUUUCAUGAUUAUUUAACAUUUAAUUAAAGAUACAUUAUGGGAGAUUAGAUAAAGGGAAUUUACUGAAAAUUUCAGUCAAAUUGAUCCACUCUGAAUCGAGAAUUUAGCGAUUGAAUUUUCGGCCUCGCCGCUAUCAUCAUUACUAAAGUCGGUACGAUAAAAAACAUAUCUCGAUUAUCCAUUUCAUAAUUAAAUCAUGAAUGAAAGUUGACUAGCAAAUCAGAUCCUAAUCCAGUCAAUAUCGCAGGCUAGUGAUGACAUCGAAAGUUGAUUAUGGUCUGGAUAUGUUAAUGUCUAAUUAAUAAUUUAGAUAACUUUUCACUCCUAAAGAAAGACCUGCAAUAGGCAGAUUUAGCUCUUGCAUAAUGUAUGUUUAAGAAUACACAAAAUAGAAAAUCUUCUGGCUUUUGGUCUUAUAUUAGUAUUAUUAGACGCUUGGACAUGACAAGGAGUAGGGUUGUCUGUCCAACCUCAUGUGUUUUCUUUAGCACCUACAUACAUGCAAACAAUUGGGAAAAAAAAGUGAACCAUAUGUUAGUCCCAAAAUGACCUAGUUUGUGUUGGGUGGAUGUUAAACCCCAUUUCUCUCUCUCUCCCUAUUAUUAGAGAUUCAAUUUUCUUGAUAUUGUAAUUGACAAGGUUCCAAAUCUGAAAUGACGGAACAACAGCUUUAAGAAGAGAAACUUUGUGUUUUAUAUUUUAAAACUGAGUGGUUGGUUGGUUGUGGUUGAACCUGGUUUAUUAUUGUCAGGAUAAACUUUGUACAGAGAAUAUUUUUGAAAAUCAUGCAUUUACCAAAAAUAUAGAAUCAAGUAGCUCAACUCUUUAUAUUAUUCUAUCUAACUAUUAUUUAAUACACUGGAUUAUAUUCUUCACAAAAGAUGGUGCCAGUUUAGGGACCCAUAGUAAUGCCAUGGUGUGAUAUAGUUUUAUAAAAGCAUUUUGCUGGGUGGAAAGAUUCUUGUUUUUAAAAAUUAUAUGUGUUUAUUCCCUGCUUGUGUUAUGAUCAAUCAUGGAUGUUAAAAUUAAUUCAAUAUGAAAUUAUGAACAAAAUUAGUAUUAAACCCAUUAAAUCUGUAAAAUAGUCUACAACACCCUUUAGGUAUCACCCUAGAAUCUUUGGCUAGGUGCAUGUUGAAAAUCCUCUGAUGAAUUUGUUUCAAAUAUUUUAGCCCGUUUCUAUAUACAUGUAUCAUAAAUGAUAAAUAAUUAGGGUUUCACAUUUGUGCUCAAACCAACUUGUCUUAUCUUUCUAUGCAGUAAGUAUGGGAAUAUGAAAUUGUUACACAUACACAUUUAUUUGGGCGACAUUAGUAAGAGUAUUCACUCAACAUUGUCAAGCCUGAAAAUGUAAACAGAAUACUCUACGAAACGUCAGCCAAAUAAAUUAGUAAUUGUAUAGUUUAUUGCAAUCUGAUUAAAAUACAGAUCUAUAUUACGCUUCGUUUUUAUACUUACGAUGGCCUACACUACAUGAAGAUCUGACCGGUUGUAGCGAUAGGUCGCGUCGGAGGUCAUACGAGAGGCUUUUCCCCUAUUACCUCAGACAUUUGAUUAACCAAUCAGCAUUGAUGUUGAUAGUGGAUUAUCCACAGUUCCGUGCAAAACACGCCAAAAGCUUGCCGUAACUGACCGUUUGAUAUGGUAAUUCCUCACACCAUCCAGAACAUGUCAAUGAUAACAACUCUUCCAGAUCCUAGUGAAGUAAAGACAAGUUAAACGAAAUUUUGAACUAUAAAAAACGAAACGAAAUAGGAUCUGUGUUUUAAUCAGAUUGAGUUUAUUGCUCUAUCCAAAUACUAAAUGUCAGUAAAAGAUUAUUAUAUUAAUAUUAAUAAAAAUAAUGGGACAGUAGUGUGAUUAAUGUCUAGCACUGAGACUGAUGCCAUAAAUAUUGAAAUUAAUACAAUAUAAAUUAAGAUCAAUUUAAAUAAUAAACAGAUAUAAGAUCAUUUCUAUUUUGGAUUAUUUUAACCCUUAACAGGUCUUUGUCAGCUUUAAUCACCAUAACGUUAUACAGCUAAGUGGUCAUGGUUGACCCUAGUCGACCACAGUAAGAACCUUUUGUUAUAAGCUGCAUUUGAGUAUUUAGUUUCGUAUUUAAUUGAUAUGGCCACGCAUGCAUGUUAAGACAGGAACAUGUCUUGUCAAGGGCAUUGAGAAAAAAAUGUUGGGAAGGUUAGAGACUCAAAGUGGUUGAAAUGCUUAUGAAUGAUUCCGACUCCGAUUAUAUCGAUGACACCGAUUCUGAAGACAAUAUUUCUGAUGAAAAUGAUUUAAAAAAACGAGAGACAACGUGCAAAUUGUAGAUCAACUUAUCCCCUUCAACUUUUUUAUUGGUGACAAGGGUAUAUCACUUAUAAUUAUGCGGCAGGAGUCGUUGGAAAUAGGCAUACAAAAUAAUUCACUUUAGCCUUUAUUUAGCCUGACAUCAUGACAUCAAAAUGACAUAGACCGGUUAAGGGUUAAGUUUAUAUAAACUUAGUACAUCUUGUUAGAAUUAUCAUUCCCCCCCCACCCAUAUUUAAAUUUUUAAAUUAAUACCAUGUAUUUAAGUUAUUACAAGACCUAUUCAAAUGAUUAUCAUUGUGAUUUGUAAGUAUAAAAUUAGCAUCCACCUCCCAAUAUUCCAAUCUAAGUGACAUAAGUAAUGAUAUUUCUGGUACCAGUUCUCUCUGUAUUGUACAUAUAUAUAAAUUAUAUUAAUAAUAUCUAUAUUUAUGCUCAUUUUUUAAUUCAAAUUUUUUUAUGAGAUGCUUUUUUUAGAAUGAUUAUUAUUAUUAAUAACAUGUUUUCUAGUAUUAAGACAAUUAGUUUAUGGUUAAGGAAGAACAUAAGGUGAAAAAUCGCAUCUUCAACUGUAACACUUUAAGCAUUUUCAUCUUGCGUCUGCUUCUUAACUGUAUGUAAUGCUUCGAAUUUUUAAGCUUUCAAUUGUUGUAGAAACGAUUGAAAAUAACAAAAUAACAGUAUUUUCAUAUUUCAAUCAAAAUUCUGUUGAACUGAGUACAUUAGUUAGAUUAAUGCCUUAACUGAAGUCCACCGAUUAUUUUAUAUCUGAAAAAAAAAAUUAAUUGCAGACUUUUUGUGAGGUAUAAAAUUUAACAUUAGGAAGCUGUCUUUGUUGAAAAGUACUGUUGAAAGCAAUACAAAUGUACAUGUUUUAUUUUAAUGAAUAUAUCUAUCUAAACAUAAGAUAUUUUUAAUAUAAGAUCUAUUCAAAUUGGCCCUCGUGAAUGCAAUCUGAUUAAAUACAGAUCUAUAUUUCGUUUCGUGUUUUUGGGGUGGUUUUUUUAACUUUAGCGGUAGCCAACACAAGUAAAACAAAAUUUUGAACUAUAAAAAAAACGAAAGGAAAUGGGAUGAGUAUUUUAAUCAGAUUGGAUAACACACCUGUAUAGGUAACGACGCUUUUUUUAUUAAGUAGAGUUUUAUAGGCUAAUUAUGUUGUGCCUGUGGUCUGAUUAAAUCGUGUCUGUGGUUAUUUGAAGCAGUAGUUACAGUAGUUAAUCUGAUCCGGUGAACCUAAAUAAAAUAGGUCACAACACUUCAUUCCAGGCGUGUUUAAAUGUGCUUUGGUGUAUUUUCUUUCCUGUGCUAACUAGACCGGAUAGUCACCUUAAGUCCGGGGUAACAAAGACAGAGAAAAUAAUCUGAAAUUACAAACAAUAUUUCACAAACUACUAUUUUAAUUGUUUCGUAUCCAUAAUGUCACGUGAGCGACUGUAAUACGGUUGUUCGUUGUCGUGGCGUUCUAUAUUUGGAUAUUUUGUAGGCGCACCCGAUAAUCAAAUGCAGUGCUGGAUCGGUAAUGUUACAGAAUGGUGAUCGCUUACUAUAGAAUUCAAUGAAGACUGGCGAAUGUUUUUUUGUUUUUUUUUUUUUUAUCAAUCAAUCAAUCAGCGGAAGCCAAAAUUUCAUAAGAGGUUACAAAAAUCACAGCUUGUGGGCGCCACCAUUUUGACAGGUGACGACAAUCCCAAAACCGUCACUUGCAAUGCAUGCACACAAUUUAUGGUGAUUUCGAUGUGUCGCCGGUUGCCUAACAAUUGCUUGUUGCUUCAACGUGCGAAAACAAUCACCCAUAUGCACUAGCCUUUAUUGAAUUCUAUAGUCAACAAUUUUGUAAUCGCUGCCGAUAAAACACAACAUUUUAUUUGUAGCUUUACUCUUGUACACGUGCUGUGUUAAAAAUUAGAUGUACAUAAUAUGUUGAUAAACGUUUUCACAGGUGCUUCAAAUAAAUGUCGGCUUUAGUGUGAAAGGUGUCUAUUAGGUGGUUAUAUUGGGCUUAUUUGACUCUUGCUUCUAAUGAAUUCAUAGAGAUCAACACCUUUUUGUAAUGUUAAUUUUUUUUCAUGAAGAAGAUUAUGACACCAUUAUUAAAAUAAAUCAUACCUACUAUUAUUAUAA